AUGAUCAAGGAGCAACACGAGAUGACCAACCCGGGGUAUCUCCAGAACCCGGGGCCCGUGAUGUCCACCGUGGUCCACGUCCAGGCGGACACGGCGGUGCCCGACCACAUCGUCUGGUCCCUGUUCAACACCCUCUUCUUCAACUACUGCUGCCUGGGCUUCGUGGCGUUCGCCUACUCCGUGAAGUCUAGGGACCGGAAGAUGGUGGGAGACGUGAUUGGCGCCCAGAGCCAUGCAUCUACCGCCAAGUGCCUGAACAUCGUGACCCUGGUCCUGGGCCUCCUGAUGACCAUCGGACUCAUUGUUCUCGUGGUCCUUGUGUUCCCCAUAUACUUUCGGACACUGUAGCAGGGCAUGCAGAGUGGCAGAGGCGUCUAGUCGCUGCCACGGCAGGUGCCGAGUCCUCCCACCCCCCGCGGGCCCCGCCCAGGCGCCCACCCCUCACCCUGCCCCUGUACACACACCUGUCUGCAGCUGAGCUCAAUAAAGUGAGCCUGUACGUGACCAUCUGG